AAGAUGACGGAGGGCUACAGAGAGAUCGACGGUUACUACGUCAGCAACGGCUUUCACGAAGAAACUAUUCGCUCGGCACUGGGCUACAAACCGGUGCCUGGAGACGUGUUCAUCGGAUCCAGGAUGAGUCAAGACCUCUACCGGGAUGUGGACGGAUUCUACAUCAACAGGAUAUUCCACGAGAAAAACGUCCGUUCGGCUAUGGCCUACAAGCCUCGUCCAGGUGACCUGUUCGUCGUAAGUUACCCAAAGUGUGGCACCACCUGGGUUCAACUCAUCGUGUACGCCAUCUACACCGGUGGUUCCCUCAAGCAGGACAUGAAAGAGUUCAUGUCCAAAUCACCGUUCCUCGAGAUGCAAGGGUCAUUGAGCGCGGAACAGAUGGAGCGACCAGGCUCCAUCAAGACCCACCUGCCUUACCACCUGAUACCCAAGUCAGUCGACGCCAAGUACAUUUACGUUUCGAGGAACCCUUACGAUUGCUGCGUCUCAUUCUAUCACCACACAAGGAGCUUCCCCGUGUACGACUUCGAGGAUGGAACCUUCGAUGAGUUCUUCGAGAUGUUCAUCGACGGCAAGGCUGACACCGGAGACUACUUCGACCAUCAGCUGUCCUGGUACGAACACAGGAACGAAGCCAACGUGCUCAUGGUGACCUACGAGAACCUUAAAAAAGAUCUUCGAUCUUCGAUCCUAAAGAUUGCGAAUUUUCUGGGCGGUGACUACGGUAAGGACCUAAGGAGGAAUCCGGUCAAGUUGGAGAAUCUUCUCAAGGUCACCAGCCUGGAGCACAUGAAGAGCUGGAACAGUGCGUUCCGUACGUGGUCGCAGGAUAUUCAUGGAAUGCAGGCAGAUAACUCGGAAGGGUUGCAACUGGUCAAGGAGGCCUUAGGGGAUCUCCUGAAGAAGCCCAUGACCGGGGAGUUUGUUCGCAAGGGCAUCAUUGGAGACUGGAAGAAUCAUUUCAACGAAGACCAGAUACGCCGGAUGAAGCAGCGGAUCGCUUUGAAGACUGGUGACAGCAAUUUCAUGAGCCUGUGGAAGGACGUCGAAAUUCCAUAAAAUAAAGCACUCUGCUCGCGGA